AUGCUUAGAGUGCGUCGAUCAAGAAUAUAUGCGUAUGGAAAUCGUAAUAGAGCCUUAAUCUUGGUUGAAGACGUGACAACAGCGAGCGAUAGGCCGUUCCUCUCGCGCCACUAUCGUCCGGCGCGCGUUUCCCUCGCGAAGGAAAGAGAAAACCGAGCUCCGAUAGGCGUUACCGCCGCCGUCAGCUCCGGCUUCUGGGAAGUUGCUUCAAGACGUACUGAGGAGGCCGAGGGAGACAGCCGACAACGAUGUCUGCGGUGCAUUGCUAUGGAUGCGGCAUUUGCACGACUGCUGCUCGUUGGUGUCGUGCAAACGCUGAUUUCCCUUUAG